AUGUCAAUGCAAGACUUCACCCCACCGGCGACGCAACGGGCCGUCAUUGUAAACGACCAGGACCAGGUCGUGAUUUGGGACGAGGCGCCGUGUCCGCCCAUGGCCCCCGACCAGAUCUACGUCCGCACCGAGGCCGUCGCCAUCAACCCCAGCGACACAAAGAUGAGGGGCAGCUUCGUGACGCCCUUCGGCAUACUCGGCACUGACUAUGCCGGCACCGUUGUUGCCGUCGGAUCCGCUGUCAAGGGCCUGGCCGUAGGAGACCGCGUCUGCGGUGCGCAGAACGCCAUGCACGCAGCUGCGCCGCACCGUGGGGCAUUUGGGCAGUGGAACGCGUCCAAUGGUGACGUCUGGCUGAAGCUGCCGGCGGACUUGGCCACGGAGGCAGGGGCAACGCUGGGCGCGGGGGUCAGCACCGCUGGAAUCGCAAUCAAGCUUUUGGGCCUGCCCCUGCCUACCACUCCCGUGGACAAGGCGGAGAAGGUGUUGAUCUACGGCGGAAGUACUGCGACGGGGACGAUUGCGAUCCAGUUGCUGAGGCUGGCGAACAUGAUCCCGAUUGCAACCUGCUCCCCUAGGAACUUCGAUUUGGUCAAGUCGCACGGCGCAGAAGAGGUCUUUGAUUACCGUGACAAAAACUGCGUCGAAAAGAUCCUCGGUUCCACAAAAGGCAAUCUCAAGUACGCGUUGGACUGCAUCACGACGGUGGAGUCGACUGCAUUUUGCCUCAAGGCCAUCGGGAGGGCUGGCGGCAAAUACGUGUCUCUGGACCCGGUCCCAGCCCACACGGCUACGCGGAAGGUUGUGAAGAUGGAUUGGGUGCUGGGCCCCUCCAUCUUUGGCGAGGGUUCGACGUGGCCCGAGCCGUACGGAAGGCCCCCGAGUGAUGAGAUGCGGCGGUACGGAGCCGAGCUGUUUGCUCUGACGCAAGGCCUUCUCGAUGAAGGCAAGCUGAAGCACCACCCCCUGCGCGUCCUGCAUGGCGGCCUCGAGGCUGUGCUGGAGGGCAUGGAUAUUGUCAAGAGCGGAGCCCACUCUGGGGAAAAACUUGUGGUUCGAAUGGUCUGA